AUGAAGCAUUGAUUGCUAUUGAGGAUCUUUGCAUUGUCAUUGCCAACUUACCACUUAGUAAUUUCGGUAUGAAUUCGCCAAAUCGAACUGCAUCUGAUUUAAUGAAUACUGAAAUGAAUCGUGAACUGCAGUACAGUACUGUAGAAAUGGCAGCGAUUGUUGCCCGCAAUGUCCCACUAAUGAAUAAGGAAUAAAGAACCAUUUAUGAUCGCAUUAUGCUCGCAGUUUCAGCUGGACAAGGUGGGUUCUUCUUUUUGGAUGCACCGGGUGGAACUGGCAAAACAUUCGUUAUUUCGCUAAUUCUUGCUGAAAUACGAUCAAAUAAUGGCAUCGCAUUGGCCGUUGCAUCAUCGGGCAUUGCAGCAACUUUAUUGGAUGGAGGUAGAACAGCUCAUUCAGUAUUUAAGCUGCCACUAAAUAUUCAGAAUAACCCUGACGCAGUAUGCAACAUUAAGAAACAAUCGUCCAUGGCCACUGUGCUGAAACGGUGUAAAAUUAUUAUUUGGGAUGAAUGUACUAUGGCACACAAACAUUCACUUGAGGCGUUGAACAGGACAUUGAAAGAUAUUAAAAACAGUGACAAACUAUUUGGCGGAACUCUGUUGGUCCUUUCAGGUGAUUUCAGACAAACACUUCCAGUCAUUCCACGUUCAACAUACGCUGAUGAGAUCAACGCUUGCUUAAAAUCAUCUCCAUUGUGGCGUAAUGUCGAAAAAUUACAGCUAAAAAUAAAUAUGCGCGUUCAAAUGCUUCAAGAUCCAUCCGCUGAAACAUUUUCAAAACAACUCUUAGAUAUCGGUGAUGGAAAAGUUGCUAUAGAUGAAACUGGAUACGUAAAAUUACCGACCGAUUUCUGCACAAUCGCUGAUUCGCAAGAUACUCUCAUUGAACAAAUAUUUCCCGAUGUACACACACAGUACAUAAAUCAUGAGUGGCUUGCAGAAAGAGCGAUUUUAGCGGCAAAAAAUGUAGACGUUGACAAUUUAAAUCUGAAGAUACAAAUGUUGUUGCCAGGGAACUUGGUAUCAUAUAAAUCUAUUGAUACAGUUUGCGACGACAGCGAAGCAGUAAAUUUUCCCACAGAGUUUUUGAACUCACUGGAUUUGCCAGGCAUGCCACCGCAUAAUUUACAAUUAAAGGUUGGAUCUCCAAUUAUCUUGCUUCGUAAUUUGAACCCGCCCCGGCUGUGCAACGGUACGCGAUUAGUCAUUCAAAAAUUAAUGAAAAACGUGAUCGAAGCCAGGAUUUUAAAUGGCAAGUUCAGAGGUGAAAAUAUACUCAUACCACGGAUUCCUAUUAUACCUACAGAUGUGCCAAUUCAAUUCAAACGUAUUCAGUUUCCGAUUAGAUUGGCAUUUGCAAUGACUAUCAACAAAUCCCAAGGUCAAACGAUGUCUGUUUGUGGAUUAGAUUUGAGAACACCAUGUUUUUCACACGGACAAUUAUACGUGGCAUGCUCUCGAGUGGGUAAACCAUCCAGUUUGUUUGUGUUAGCUAAAGAUGGACUAACAAAAAAUAUUGUUCACGCUAUAGCAUUAAGAGAUUGAUAUUGUUUAACAGUGUUACUGUC